CCCGCUGAGCCGCCUCUCGGGGCUCUCAGCCGGCAGGCCCCCUGACCCAUAAGGAGUGAUAGGGUCUAACCGCCUGAGCUCGGAGUCCACCGAUUGAUCAGGGCCAGGGCGGCAAACGUGCGGCGGCUAGUGACGUGCGCGACCUCCCUCCUCCUCCCGCCUCUCUCCGGGGUGGCGCCGUCUGGUGACGUUAGGGGCAUGAUGGCCGCCGCGAGGCCGGGAAGGUGAAGUUGGAAUUGGUGGAGUCAACACAAUCAGUAGCCAACCUCAACCUGAGACAGGACAGAGGAGAAUUCAGAUUCUUUUCGUCUUUUUGACUCCAGCCAUGCCCAUGAUGCCCAGCCUGUGAAGGUCUCUUACCAUCCAAAAACUUCUCCUCUGUUCCAGUUGUGCCAGCAGACGAUCCGUGGACCUAUUUUAUUUUCCCUGCUAGGAGUUGCUGUGCAUAAAACUGGCGCGAUGUCCCUCCUUUUCUCUCGGUGCAACUCCAUUGUUACAGUCAAGAAGGACAAGAGACACAUGGCCGAGGUGAAUGCUUCCCCACUCAAGCACUUUGUCACUGCCAAGAAGAAGAUCAAUGGCAUUUUUGAGCAACUGGGGGCCUACAUCCAAGAGAGCGCCACCUUCCUUGAAGACACCUACAGGAAUGCGGAACUGGACCCCGUUACGACAGAAGAACAGGUCGUGGACGUCAAAGGCUACCUGUCCAAAGUGAGGGGCAUCAGUGAGGUGUUGGCCCGGCGGCACAUGAAAGUGGCUUUUUUUGGCCGGACAAGCAACGGGAAGAGCACCGUGAUCAAUGCCAUGCUCUGGGACAAAGUUCUGCCCUCAGGGAUCGGCCACACCACCAACUGCUUCCUGCGGGUAGAGGGCACAGACGGUCACGAGGCCUUCCUCCUCACAGAGGGCUCAGAGGAGAAGAGGAGCGUCAAGACUGUGAACCAGCUGGCCCAUGCCCUUCACCAGGACGAGCAGCUCCAUGCUGGCAGCCUAGUGAGUGUGAUGUGGCCCAACUCCAAGUGCCCACUUCUGAAGGAUGACCUCGUGCUUAUGGACAGCCCUGGCAUCGACGUCACCACAGAGCUGGACAGCUGGAUUGACAAGUUUUGCUUGGACGCCGACGUGUUUGUGUUGGUGGCCAACUCAGAGUCCACCCUGAUGCAGACGGAGAAGCAGUUCUUCCACAAGGUGAGUGAGCGCCUGUCCCGCCCGAACAUCUUCAUCCUGAACAACCGCUGGGACGCGUCCGCCUCGGAGCCUGAGUACAUGGAAGAGGUGCGGCGGCAACACAUGGAACGUUGUACCAGCUUCCUGGUGGAUGAGCUGGGCGUGGUGGACCGAGGCCAGGCUGGAGACCGCAUCUUCUUUGUGUCUGCCAAGGAGGUGCUCAACGCCAGGAUCCAGAAGGCCCAGGGCAUGCCUGAAGGAGGGGGCGCUCUUGCAGAAGGCUUUCAAGUGAGGAUGUUUGAGUUUCAGAACUUUGAAAGGAGAUUUGAGGAGUGCAUCUCCCAGUCUGCGGUGAAGACCAAGUUCGAGCAGCACACGGUCCGGGCCAAGCAGAUCGCGGAAGCGGUGCGUCUCAUCAUGGACUCCCUGCACGUUGCGGCACAGGAGCAGCGGGUCUACUGCCUGGAGAUGCGGGAAGAACGGCAAGAGCGGCUGAGGUUUAUUGACAAGCAGCUGGAGCUCCUGGCGCAGGACUAUAAGCUGCGGAUUAAACAGAUCACGGAGGAGGUGGAGAGGCAGGUGUCCACUGCGAUGGCGGAGGAGAUCAGGCGCCUCUCUGUGCUGGUGGACGAAUACCAGAUGGAUUUCCACCCUUCCCCAGUGGUCCUCAAGGUCUACAAGAACGAAUUGCACCGCCAUAUAGAGGAAGGACUGGGCCGGAAUAUGUCCGACCGCUGCUCCACAGCCAUCACCAGCUCUCUGCAAACCAUGCAGCAGGACAUGAUAGAUGGUUUGAAACCCCUCCUUCCUGCGUCUGUGCGGAGUCAGAUAGACAUGCUGGUCCCUCGGCAGUGCUUCUCCCUCAGCUACGACCUGAACUGUGACAAGCUGUGUGCUGACUUCCAGGAGGACAUCGAGUUCCAUUUUUCACUCGGGUGGACCAUGCUGGUGAAUAGGUUCCUGGGCCCCAAGAACAGCCGCCGGGCCUUGAUGGGCUACAGUGACCAGGCAAGCAGUGUCCCGCACCCUUGGGUGUCGCCAGAGGUGCAGCGCCCCAUCCCCCUGACGCCAGCCAACCCCAGCAUGCCCCCGCUGCCGCAGGGCUCCCUCACCCAGGAAGAGCUCAUGGUUUCCAUGGUCACCGGCCUGGCUUCCCUGACGUCCAGGACCUCCAUGGGCAUUCUCGUUGUCGGAGGCGUGGUGUGGAAGGCGGUGGGCUGGCGGCUCAUUGCCCUGUCCUUUGGGCUCUAUGGCCUCCUGUAUGUCUACGAGCGUCUGACCUGGACCACCAGGGCCAAGGAGAGGGCCUUCAAGCGUCAGUUCGUAGAAUAUGCCAGCGAGAAGUUACAACUCAUCAUCAGCUACACCGGCUCCAACUGCAGCCACCAAGUCCAGCAGGAACUGUCUGGGACCUUUGCCCACCUGUGCCAGCAAGUUGACGUCACCCGGGAGAACCUGGAGCAGGACAUCGCCGCCAUGAACAAGAAAAUCGAGGUUCUCGAUUCACUUCAGAGCAAAGCAAAGCUGCUCAGGAACAAAGCCGGCUGGUUGGACAGCGAGCUCAACAUGUUCACGCACCAGUACCUGCAGCCCAGCAGAUAGUGGGCAGCCUGGCGCCGCAGCCCGCCUGGGGAGGGCCCGUGCUGUGUGGCCCCCACCGGGGCCCCGGGCAGCUCCCGUCCGGUGCUGCCACCCUGAGAGCGAAAGCACCCCCGUCUCAUACCAUUUUGAGCCCCUGAAACGCUAGUUUCCCCCCCCUUUGCCUGCCGUUGCAGGAAGAUCUUCAGGCUCGUACCCCUAAAGGAGACUUUUUUUUUUUUGAUCAUGACCGUGGACCGCAUGGUACCGAGGAGUCGAGUCUUUGCUCUGUCGGGUGCACUUGACUGAGAUUCUUUUGAGUGCUCGACAAGGUCUCGGGAUCUGCCGGCCCCGCGGGACUCCCGGUCGGUGCCUCCGAGGGCGUCAGGCAGACCCCGUCCUCCAGCGACACUAACCCCCGACCACACGUCCGCUCCGCUCCACGCUCCACGCUCCACGCUCACAAAGAAGGGUCGCCCGAGGGAGGGUGGGAUUUCUUCCCCGAUCGCACUGGAACGCAUUUCCGGAAGGGCUGCUGCCUGAGCGUCAGUUUGGUUUUUCAGCUUCUGAGCUUCGCUGCAUCGGCAGAGCGGUUCCCACACGUCUUGGAGGCAGAGAUUGGGUUGGAGGCCGAGGGGGGGGCCUUGUGCCAUGAGGGGGUGGGAAAGAUGUUGCAGAAGCCGGGGUGGGGUCGGUGGCCGAGGGGAGGGGCGUGUGGAGAGAGCAGGUAGCUGGUACCGUGUUGAGGAGGGGCUUGGCCUCCCUUCUCUUCACUAUGUCCCUUGUUCUGUUUUCAGUCUUUAGCCUGUGUAGCCUGGUUUUAUUAUUGGUCAUAGGUGGGUUGGUCCAGAGCGUUAGAGGAUGUAGCAGAAGGCAAGAUGGCGGAGGGAGGGGGGCGCCCCGUCCGGGAUGGUUGGAGAAUGUGGAGUCCACGGAGAACAGGGCUGUUUGACCUUGCCCUGUGAGGGGCUCACAGGCUCCGAGAGCUCGCACGGUUAGCUUGAUCGCAUCCCCGUUAUGCCCCUUAAGAGGUGUUCCCACCCCCCACCUUGGCCCAGGCUGCCCUUGGCCACCAGUCAGUCCUCCUGACUAAGUCUCCUGUGCCGCUGAGGCUGCAGUUGGCCGAGAGACAGUGUGGGAAACCCAGCAGCCACCCUCCCUGACCCCCAGAGCCUCUUCCCCUCAUCAACCUCGUGUGGACUUUGAGAAAUGUUUCCUGUUGAGUUUGGGAUCGUUACUGGUUGAAGAGGGGGCAGGUUCCUGUCCCCAGGGCGUUAACUGGGGCAAGCAGCCUCUGCAGCUCAGGUCGGAGAACUUCCUAGAAACCAGAAAGCUCUCUCUCCCAGAAAGAGGUGGGGCUCUGGCACAGAGGUGGGGCCUGUCCUCCUGAAUCCCCCCGCCCCCCCGCCCUCCAGCUUCCGGGAAAUGAGUUGGUGGCCUCUGCUCACUGGUGGGUGGCCACGCAGGUGGCCUCUUCUCCAGGUGCCUGCUUGUCUUUCAGACCUUCAGCGGACGGCGUGUGGGGCAAAGUGGUGGGUGUUGCCUCGACGGUCACAUGGCAGGAGGAUGUUCUGAGCUUUUUGCCAGGCCUGGAUGGUGGUCACUUCACAGCGUGUCAGGAGAAAUCAAUGUCACACGAUUCCAAUGAACUUUGUGCUUUUUGGGGGGGAAUCAUUUUUUUUAUUUCAAAUAACUAAACAUGAAUUUUUUUGAAUGUAGCCCCUGGGCGGUGAAUGGAAUUUUGAGUUUCUUAUACAAUGAGUAAAAUUAAGUUUAUCCCACUGAGGGAAAGACUCUGACCGAAGUGUGGCAAAAAGCACUUUAAUUUCAUGCUGCUAACUUUGUUCCCUGUCUUUACGUUCAUUUGCUGGAGUGUGAGACGUGCUUGACACAGUGAGUUUUUCCUCCGAUGUAUUUAAGGUGGUAUAUUUGCCUGAACUGCUCCUGUAUCGUUGCCGAUAACAUUGGAACUAAAAUAAAACCUAGUUGGAAACCCUC